AUGCUGGGUCUUGCUCGACUCCUUUUACUUCUUCUGCCAUGCGGCUACUUAUACCCUCUUGCCGCGCUUGCUAGCAGCCCCGAUCAAAUCGUCCUCAGCGACGACGCGCCCGGCGAGAUGAAGAUUGCCCACCUCCACACCCUGCUCGCCUUGACUCCGGCCGCUGUCGCCAAAUGGCCCGAGGCCGAGGGCAAGACCAUCAAAUACUCUUCUGUCCCUGGCUAUUUCCUUCAAGAUGACCCUGCCACUGAUCCGUCCAAGUUUGACUAUGCGGAGCAUAACCUCGGUCUCAUUGAGAGGUCGUAUCCUACCGACAAAAGCUUCGACAGCGAUGGCACCAAGACACAGUGGCAGCGCUUUGCUCGCUGGGUCGCUCAUCUCAACAACAACUGCCACAAGGACAGCGGCGUGAGGUUCAAAGUCUUGGUCAUGGGCCGCCACGGCCAGGGCUACCACAACGCCGCCGAGAGCUGCUACGGGACUCCCGCCUGGAACUGCUACUGGGCCGAGCUCGACGGCAACGGCACCUCCACCUGGGCCGACCCCAAGCUCACCCCGCAAGGCCUCGCCGAAGCCUCCAAGGCCAGCGCCUUUUACAAGACGCGCUUCCAGGAGCACGGCAUGCCCUUCUUUGAAUCAUACUACAGCUCGCCCCUCACCCGCUGCGUCCAGACCGCCCAGGGCACCUUUGCCGGCCUCGCCCUGCCCGCCGCGCGCCCCUUUGCGCCCGUCAUCAAGGAGCUGUUCCGCGAGUCCAUUUCCAUUCACACCUGCGACCACCGCUCGAACAAGACGUACAUUCGCAGCAUCGCCCCGCAGUUUACCAUUGAGGCCGGCUUCACUGAGCAGGAUGAGCUGUGGCGCGGCAAGCAGGGCGAGGGCGAGACGAGUGACGGCCAAAAGGCCCGCAACAAGGUGGUGCUCGACGACGUCUUCACCAAUGAUGCCAAUACCUGGAUCAGCAUCACUAGUCACUCGGGCGAGAUUGCUAGUCUGCUGAGUGUGCUGAAUCAUAGAAAGUUUGGUCUGCAGACGGGCCAGAUUAUUCCGGUCCUCGUCAAAGCCGAGAUAGUAGAUCGGCCCACGACCACGUCGAGCAUUGUAUCCUUUACUUCAGAAGCGACAUGCAAUGCGCCACCUAUCACGAGCAUUUCUGGCCAAGGCUGCGUCUGUACCGCGUCGGUCACUCCCGCACCACAGUAG